AUGGAUUACCUAUCGAGUAUCUGUCGAAAUUUUACUUCUUUCCUUACUCUGCAGAAUAUACCAAAUGCAAGCCAGAAAACUAAUACUACCGCUGACGGAAGCAGAAGGCCAUACUUUGAUCAUACGAUGCUAUCUUCUCUGCGCCCUCAUAAGCUACGAAACGAUCAAAAAGCCCUCAAGGGUGGUAUAAAUGAGAAUGGGAACCUCACACUAUUAAAGUCAGAAACUUCUGGCGCUGGACGAAAGCGCAAGAUAAUAGGGAAGCUAGACAAAUUCGACCCCAAUGAUGAUAAGGGAAAUAAUUCAGUCCUCGAUGGAUCGACAAUUAUUGGCAUGGACAAUCCUUCGAAACGAUUGCGGGUUCCUGCGCGGCUUGAUGAGUCUGAAUCCCUUGAAAGAUAUUAUUCUUCAAGUUACGAUAGCGACCUCGAGGGAAGCACGCUUAUAGAAGACGAGCAGCUCGGCAGGGCCAAAGACUCCCAUCUUAGCAUAGACGAUCUUUCAACCUUAGAUUCCGAUACUUCAUCUGGAAGUGUGGAUAAAGACUCUUCGGUUUCCCUCGAGGAUUAUGAUCAGUUGGACUCAGACCGUGAGGCCGAAGCUGGAGAAAAUGAUACUGAACAUCAGAUUAUAAAAACUCCAUCUAGACAGCCAAGAAUAAAGAAAGCAUCUCGGCAUACCUGCGAUACGGAAGAGCCAUAUCGCCCAUCCCCUAAUGUUGUUGACAAGAACCUUUCAAAGCAGAUUGUUCACCGUGAUACCCAAGAAAGUGAUCUUAGUGAAGAUGAGAUAUAUAAUUAUAAGUCCUCAACAAAAAAGGAGGUUAAGCGGGACUUGGAUAUUGAGUUUUGUAUGGAGAAAGCAAGGAGGUGGGCUGCCGCAGUGGAGGGCCCAUCCGGCAAUUGGGCGGAUGCAGAGAGAGACAUGUAUUUUCGCCUGGCAAUGCGAGGAUUUGAACCCGUACUACCUCACAGCUGGAGGAUGGAUUUCAUGACAUUACCUGAUUCUCUUUUCACAGCCCCAAAUGACUAUACUGCGUAUAUUUCUUGCAGAAAUGAAUUCAGAGUUAACAUCAUGAAUUUGAAGUUGAUUGCCGUGGCAGAGAGUUAUCAGAGCUCUUGGUGCUUAACUCCAAACAUAGAAAGUGAUGAUGGGGCCGACGACUAUUUUGAUGCUGAAUCAGAACUGCGGUACCAAGAUCGCACAUUCCCAGUGAUCACGGGGUUUUUGAUCUGUGGAACAAUAGUGGCAUUGAUGACACUUGACUCCGACCCAAGGAUGAACCCUAUCUUUAAUUCAAAGACAAGCGGGAGACUAAUUUCCCGCUUUGAUUUCUCCGAAUACGGCCAGGAUGUUUGGAAUGCAUUAGCUAUUGCAAUUGCGGUAGCUCGGAUGAGAAAGACGAUAAUUCAGUGUGAGCAAGAAGGCAAAGGGGACAUUAUGUGGAUGAUUGAUCAAAUACCUCGUCUACCGGAUAAAGAUUUAUAA